CAGUUUUUCCCCACCGCCGGAAUCAUGGCGAGCCAGUUGGUUGUUUGGGCGGGACUGUUUCUGUCCUGUGCAGUGUCCAUGGUAUCAACUGCCCCUGCAGAAACAGUGAUGAAAGACUUGAAGAAGUUCUGCGAAGCCGGAGAUGAAGUCGACCAAGACUUAGCCCAGUUUGCCCAUGACUGUCAGAUGGCACAGAAGCACAACAGUGAACUGAAGACGAAAAUCAAAGCACUGGAAAAACAGCAGAAUAAUUUGGUCUUUAAUAAUGAGGCUCUGGAGCAAAUUCAAGAUACCUGUCUUAAGACUGACGACAUGAAAGAAGUAUUGGAUAUAGUGAGGGAUCUGAAGAAGAAGAUUGAGCGGAUGGAAGGCGAACAAAACUUAGCAAGGUACAAGCCAACUGAACAGUCUAGUACGGCGUACAACGGUUUCUCGGACCGAGCCGUCGAUGGGAUCACCCACGGGCACUACUACACCGGCCGAUCGUGCACCCACACAGAGGGAAACCAGCAAGACCCCUGGUGGUACGUAGACCUGCAAACCCCGUAUCCCAUCGGCUUGGUGAGGAUCUACAACCGCCAGGAGUGCUGCUCAGAAAGAAUCAACCCCUUCAUUGUCUUGGUCGGUGAAGGCAGGCAUGCAGCCCCCCUUUCGUCCAGCCGACAGUGUGGGGGUGAGUGGGGUAGUGACUUCACAGACAAGGGCGUCUUCUCCAUCGACUGUGGCGGGAUCUGGGGCCGGUAUGUCGGGGUUAGCCUGCCUGGAGCACAGCGAACCCUCACGCUGUGUGAAGUCCAGGUGUUUGCAGCCAAGAAUCCAGAGAAGAUUAAGACAGGAUAACUGUCUCAUCAAAAAUGAGCAGCUUGUUUGCUGAUGCUGAUUCAGGCUGCCAAAUUGCAUGAAGCCUUUUUAGUGAAGGCUAUUUUAGUACUUGAGUUUUAUCUUGUUGCUAUAUAGUUUUAGCUUUGAAGUUUAUCUGCCACAUGAUGGACUAAUAAGUUUUAUAUACUGAUAUCACUUAAUAAGCAUCUUUUUAGACAACCAGACAAAUGGUGGACGUAAAAAUUGAUAUAAAGCAGGAAAAAUGACAAUUAAUAAUUAAUUAUCAACCAAACUUUCAUGACUGUGACACAUACUAACAUAGUACAUGUACUAGAACAUUGUAUACAGAUAGUAAUAAGAACAUGGCCAAUGAUGAUUCAGUGAAAUUAUUUUGUUUUAUUCUAAAUCAACAUUGUUCAUCUACACAACUAGAGCACUCAUAAACAUCUUAGUUUCAUAAAAAUUAGUUUAUUACAAUAUAGUAAAUUUGACUCCAACAAGUUACAGCCAUAACAUACGGCUCUUGCAUGUUAAUGUACAUCAGUUAUCAGAAAUAUCACCCGUAAGCCCCUCAUCAUGUAUUUUAACAUAAAA